CAUGGCUGGAAACUGGAGGCAGCUCUGCUCACCCGAGCUCCAUCUCCGACUCCAAGCCGCCUUCAAAAACUAACAACAACAAAAAACAAAACAAACAAAAAAAGGAUAACUUUUCCUAGCGCAAGUGAACGGGCCUGGGACAGAACCGCGCGUCUGGAGAAGUUUUGCGCAUGAAUGUGUUUGUGCACCAGUACUGAAAAAAAGGAGAAGUGACAAGCUGGGAUCAGGGAGACAGAAGGAGGUUCGUCGCAGUCGCGGGAGGUCUACGCGGUUUUUAACGCACUCCAGCCAUGGCACCAGUGAUUGCACAUGGAUUUGCUUUUCGUGUUUAAGUAUGGCAUCUCCCCUUUAAAGGUGUCAUACAUAUUGUGAAUCCUAGUCGAUGGAUUUAUUACCUAUAAUACAAGAAUAUUUUAGCUAGAAAUCUUGAAGCAUGGGCGACUGGAGCUCUCUGGGGCGGCUGCUGGAGAACGCUCAGGAGCACUCAACGGUCAUCGGCAAAGUCUGGCUGACUGUCCUCUUCAUCUUCAGGAUCCUGGUGCUGGGGGCCGCGGCUGAAGAUGUCUGGGGUGAUGAGCAGUCUGACUUUACCUGUAACACCCAGCAGCCCGGUUGUGAGAACGUGUGCUACGACGAGGCCUUCCCCAUCUCGCACCUCCGCUUCUGGGUGCUUCAGAUCAUCUUUGUGUCCACACCAACUCUCGUCUACCUGGGCCACGUGCUACACAUCGUCCGCAUGGAGGAGAAGCGGAAAGAAAAGGAGGAGGAGAUGCGCAAAGCAAACAGGUUUCAAGAGGAGAAAGAACUCCUUUAUAGAAAUGGUGGUGAGGCUGGCGGAGGUGGGAAGAAGGAGAAGCCACCGAUCAGGGAUGAACAUGGCAAAAUCCGUAUCAGAGGUGCAUUGCUGCGCACCUAUGUGUUCAACAUUAUUUUCAAGACCCUGUUUGAAGUGGGUUUCAUUUUGGGCCAGUAUUUCCUUUAUGGCUUCCAGCUGAGGCCUCUGUACAAGUGUGCACACUGGCCCUGCCCCAACACCGUUGACUGCUUCAUAUCAAGGCCCACUGAAAAGACUAUUUUUAUUAUAUUUAUGCUUGUAGUGGCUUGCGUGUCUCUUUUGCUGAAUUUGUUAGAGAUCUAUCACCUUGGAUGGAAGAAAGUUAAACAGGGCAUGACAAACGAGUUUGUCCCUGAUCACGAGUCGCUGCACCGUGUCGACAUUGCAGAGCCUGAGUGUUUGGCCUCGGCCUCCAGAACUGCCCCAUCCAGCCUCAGCUACCCUCCCAACUACACAGAUGUGACGGCGGGCAGCGGGGCUUUUCUGCCGCCCAUGGGGCCAGCAGCCGUGGCCUCAGCAGCAGAGUUUAAGAUGGACGACCUCCAACAGGAGGAGUCCCUUCGCCAAUCCUCCUCUUCUUCCCACUACUUCAUCAGCAAUAACAACAACCACAGGCUGGCCACGCAGCAGAACUGGGCCAACCUGGCCACCGAGCAGCAGACUCGGGAGAUGAAGGUCACCUCCCCAUCCUCCUCUUCUUCCGCCAGCAGUGAGAACGAGCACCAGCAGCAGCCCAUUGAUGCUGCUCUGCUCCUUCAAACCAGCAGCACCAACACAACCACUAAUGCUGCCUCCAGCAGCAGCAGCCCUGGCACUGCCUCCAACGCAGACAGCUGGGGUGGUAAGAAGAGCGCACAUGGGGAAGGCCAUGUCACUACCACUACAGUGGAGAUGCACGAGCCCCCAGUAACGGUCAGCACAGACCCUCGGCGGCUCAGUCGGGCCAGCAAGAGCAGCAGCAUCAGGGCCAGACCAAGUGACCUGGCUGUCUAAACUUCUUUGGCCCAUUCAUGUCCCUUAGCCCUCUUUCACCAACACCCUGCUUUUCCCAACCCCACCCCCAAACACAGUGAUUCUCAAAUAAAAAUCACACAUUUGCAUAAAGCAAAACCAAAGAAAAAAAAAAACAAAGAAAAAAAAUAAAAAAAAUAAAAAUAAUUAUCACAAAAGAAGGCAAAGCGACAAGAGACAGGAAAACAAAAUAGCAUCAAAUGUAAAGGCAAAUGUGAAAUGACUUCAGCAGCUGCAGUCUUUGAUUUAGUGCAAUCGGUGAGUUGCAGAGUAGCCGAGGCAAGGUUGUUUUUCUUUUCUCUUUUUUGAGUGUCUCUAUGCACACAAUAUGUAAUCAGAGGGCUCCACUGGCUACAGUAGACAGAUUGAAAGACACUGUUAUUAAUUUUACGUGAAAAAGGACACAUCUUAUCAGCAUGUUUAGUUUAUGGAAAAGAUCUUAUGGUGUUUUUCUAUUUUUCCUCUUUUUGUUAAGCCUAAAGGACGAAUUAUUUACAAAUGAAAGUGUCUAAAAACUGACUGAUUAUUUUUCUUUUUAUCUGUGGGAAGCCCAAGUAGCUGCAAUUGUACAGAUCAGUUAUUCAAUUUGUUGCCGAACAUUUUUCUCUCGUUUUUUUUUUUUUUUUUUU